AUGGAGGGGUGCGCUGGCCUCUGCGGGGUGGGCUCUUCGCAGGGAUGUCCGUGUCUUCAGGAGUGCCACGUCCCAGCUGAGACGGCAGCGGCCGAAGGCAAGCCGGCCCUGGCAGAAAAGCACCUCGAGGCUGACGCAGCAGCGCGGUGCUGUGCGGGGAGUGGAGGAAUUGCAAGCCCCAUGUCGCCCUCGCACUGCUCGCUGCAGGACCUGCCGGUGGAGAUACUGGUGGAGAUCUUCGCCUUGCUCCCCGGCACCGACCUGCCCAGCCUGGCCCAGGUCUGCACCAAAUUCUACCACAUCCUGCACACCGACAGCAUCUGGAGACGGCGCUGCCACAAGGAGUUUGGCAUUCGUGAAAACUUGCAGAACCUGGAGCUGAUGGGUAUGUCUUAUCGAGAAGUCUAUGCAAAGCUGUUCCCAUACAGAAACAUUUUGGGUUUGUGGCAGCUAGAUACUGAGGGCUAUAGAACAAUAGUGAAUGUAGUGGUGGAUGGUUUAUGCAUUACUGGUUGGAGGUACAAGCCUUCCCUUAACACCCAUGUGGAUGACCCAAUGCAAUUCGAGCCCUCGUUUAGAAUUCGCCUGACAGAGAGGAAACCAGCCACAGUGGAGUGCAUGGACGACAUCUACUACUUUUCCAACAGCCACCACAUGCAGAUUCAGAAGAACAGGUUCAGCAUCCAGUGGAUCAAGAGAGACCACCGAAAGGAUUUAACAACGUGGCUUAAGAAAGAAUGGGGGCUGGUGCUGGAGGACAGACAGCGUUAUGACUGGCUGACCUACCACCGCCUCUAUCUCCCGCCGAGCCACCUGGACGACCUCAUCAGGCCAGGCCUCUUCCACGGCAAAUACGAUGGCUUCGGCCCUAUGAUUGCCAUGCUCAGCUUCCAUGGGAAGUAUGCCAGGGUCACGAAGAUCACGGGAGACUCCAUGGGGACGUUAGAGAUCCACCUCAUGCGCCGCAUCCAGCUGCCAGAUGGCGAGAUCUUCCGCAACUUCAACGAGCUCUCCCGUGUGGUCCAGGAGAUUGACGAGCAGGUGAUCCGGGAGCAGCAGCAGCAGCAAGAAGAGGUGACUGAGGAAAGUGAGGGCCAUGGCUGGCAGAGCCCUGCCCAGCCCAGCGUUGGGGAGUCUGGGACUGCAACUUCGGAGGAGCAGACUGUCCCGUUUGUUCUGCCUGUGGGCGUGCGCUCAAGAGACCAGAACUACCCCCGAACCUGCAGGUUGUGUUUCUAUGGCGUUUACUUUGGUCCCUUAGCUCCCUUCGGCUACCCCAGGCGCUACCCUGGAGUCUUCAUCCUGUUGGAUGAGAACCACUUCGAGUUCAUCUGGCUGGAGAAGAAAUACUUCAUCCUGUUCGGCAGAGUCCAGAACACCUUCCAGAAUGUGGAGGCACCAUCCCCACAGGCCUUCCUGGAGAUGCUCUCGAACAUUCAGUCCAGACCCCUUGGGAGAAGCAGCUUGCAUGCACUUUGA